AUGUCGGAUCCUUUCGUGAAAGGUGAAAUCCAUGAGAAGAAGGUCAUGCUGAGCGUCUGGUGGGGAGUUCACGGAAUCUACCGUUUCGAACUGCUGCCGGACAACACGACAGUUACUGCCGAGGUCUACUCCGCUCAACUGCAAAGACUGGCCGACAAGAUCCGCAAGGAGCACCCGAAGCUCGACAACGUUCGCCUGCUGCACGAUAACCCUCACAUCGCGAAGAAGACUUCAAUCCCAGAAAUUCUGGAACUCGGAUGGGAAGUUUUACCACACCCGUCGUACAGCCGGGGCCUGGCCCUGAGCGACUACCACCUCUUCCGAUCGUUUCAGCAUCACCUGGAAGAGGAGCGUUACGAUGAUCGUGACCACCUCGAAAAUGACCUUCGGGCUUUCUUCGCCUCCAAGUCGCCGGAGUUCUAUGCCAAAGGAAUCCGUUAUCUUGUGAGAUGCUGGUAG